UGGGGUGCUGGAGCGGGGGGAAGAAGAAGAAGAAGGAAAGGGACUUGGAUGAGCUGAAGAAGGAGGUGGCCUUGGAUGACCAUAAAAUAACUUUGGAUGAAUUGGGAAAACGCUACGGAGUGGACCUGACACGGGGCCUGACCAAUGCCAGGGCUGCAGAGAUUCUGGCAAGGGACGGUCCGAACGCGCUGACCCCUCCUCCCACAACCCCGGAGUGGAUCAAGUUCUGCCGUCAGCUGUUUGGUGGCUUCUCCAUCCUGCUGUGGAUCGGCGCUGUCCUCUGCUUCCUGGCCUACAGCAUCCAGGCGGGCCUGGAGGACGAGCCGGCCAAUGACAACCUCUACCUGGGCGUGGUGCUGGCUGCCGUCGUCAUCGUCACGGGCUGCUUCUCCUACUUCCAGGAGGCCAAGAGCUCUCGAAUCAUGGACUCCUUCAAGAAAAUGGUGCCACAGCAAGCGAUGGUUAUUCGCGAGGGGGAGAAGAUGCAGAUCAACGCAGAGCUGGUGGUCUUAGGAGACCUGGUGGAGGUGAAAGGUGGAGACCGGGUUCCCGCUGACCUUCGGGUGACCUCUUCCAGCGGAUGCAAGGUGGACAACUCGUCUCUGACGGGAGAAUCUGAGCCUCAGACUCGCUCCCCUGAGUUAACGCAUGAGAACCCUCUGGAGACCCGCAACAUCGCUUUCUUUUCCACCAACUGUGUCGAGGGCACGGCUCGUGGCAUCGUGAUCGGCACCGGCGACCGAACUGUGAUGGGCCGCAUCGCCACCCUGGCGUCUGAGCUGCAGGUGCGCCAGACGCCCAUCAGCAUCGAGAUCGAACAUUUCAUCCAAAUCAUCACCGGCGUGGCGGUUUUCCUGGGCGUGAGCUUCUUCAUCCUGUCGCUCAUCCUGGGCUACACCUGGCUGGAGGCCGUCAUCUUCCUCAUCGGCAUCAUCGUGGCCAACGUGCCUGAGGGCCUGCUGGCUACAGUCACGGUGUGCCUGACUCUCACUGCCAAGCGAAUGGCCAAGAAGAACUGCCUGGUGAAGAACCUGGAGGCCGUGGAGACCCUGGGCUCCACCUCCACCAUCUGCUCGGACAAGACGGGCACGCUGACCCAGAACCGCAUGACCGUGGCCCACAUGUGGUUUGACAACCAGAUCCACGAGGCAGACACCACCGAGGACCAGAGUGGUUCUGGUUUUGACAAGAGCUCUGGUACCUGGGCCUCCCUGUCUCGCGUGGCUGGUCUGUGCAACAGGGCCGUUUUCAAAUCCGGACAGGACGAACUCCCCAUCCUGAUGACAAACCUCUGGAUAUAACAACCUCUGGGAUUCUGCCACUUGAAUCUGUCUUCAUCCCAGUUUCCUCGAGGAUUCACCUUCGACGGCGAGGUCCCAAACUUCCCCACGGAGCAGCUCUGCUUUCUGGGUCUCAUCUCCAUGAUUGAUCCGCCCCGUGCCGCGGUGCCCGACGCUGUGGGCAAAUGCCGCUCUGCUGGCAUCAAGGUAAUUAUGGUAACUGGGGACCACCCUAUCACAGCCAAGGCCAUUGCCAAGGGGGUGGGCAUCAUCUCUGAGGGCAACGAGACGGUUGAGGAUAUCGCUGAGAGACUGAACAUCCCUCUGAGCCAAGUUAACCCCAGGGAUGCCAAGGCUUGUGUGGUGCACGGCUCAGACUUAAAGGACAUGAGCUGCGAGUACCUGGACGACCUGCUAAGGAACCACACUGAGAUUGUUUUCGCUCGCACCUCUCCUCAGCAGAAGCUCAUCAUCGUGGAGGGCUGCCAGAGACAGGGGGCAAUCGUGGCCGUGACGGGGGAUGGAGUGAACGACUCUCCAGCUUUGAAGAAGGCAGACAUCGGCGUUGCCAUGGGGAUCGCUGGUUCUGAUGUGUCCAAGCAGGCAGCUGACAUGAUCCUGCUGGAUGACAACUUUGCCUCCAUCGUUACGGGAGUGGAGGAGGGUCGUCUCAUCUUUGAUAACCUGAAGAAGUCCAUCGCUUACACGCUAACCAGCAACAUCCCAGAGAUCUCGCCCUUCCUCCUCUUCAUCAUCGCUAGUGUUCCUCUUCCUCUGGGAACUGUCACCAUCCUCUGCAUCGACCUGGGCACGGACAUGGUUCCUGCGAUCUCCUUGGCCUAUGAGACGGCCGAGAGCGACAUAAUGAAGCGGCAACCAAGAAACCCGAGAACAGACAACCUGGUCAAUGAACGUCUCAUCAGCAUGGCAUACGGACAGAUAGGUAUGAUCCAGGCUCUGGCCGGUUUUUUCACCUACUUUGUGAUCUUGGCUGAGAACGGCUUCCACCCGAGAGACCUGCUGGGCAUCCGCAUCAAAUGGGACGACCGUGAAUACAACGAGCUGGAGGACAGCUAUGGCCAGCAGUGGACCUAUGAGCAGAGGAAGAUCAUUGAAUUCACCUGCCACACAGCCUUCUUUUCCAGCAUUGUGGUUGUCCAGUGGGCCGAUCUGAUCAUCUGCAAGACCAGGAGGAAUUCCCUCUUUCAGCAGGGCAUGAAGAACCGGAUCCUGAUCUUCGGCCUGUUUGUGGAGACGGCCCUGGCUGCCUUCCUCUCCUACUGCCCGGGGAUGGACGUGGCCCUGCGCAUGUACCCCAUGAAGAUUCCCUGGUGGUUCUGUGCCUUCCCGUACAGCCUGCUCAUCUUUGUUUACGAUGAGGUCCGUAAAUUAAUUCUGCGGCGAGUCCCAGGAGGUUGGGUGGAGCAGGAGACGUAUUAUUAACAUUCGGAAAAUGUCAGUUUGCAUCGGUUUGUGUGUGUGUGUAUGUGUGCGUUUUACUUCCGGGCUUUGUGAGGGUAAGACUGCGAGUGUGUGUCUGUCAGAUGUAAUAUUGCAUGGAUCAGUUCACAAAUCUGAUUAUCAUAAAAUACUGCUGAAAAUAGGCUCGUGAGUUUUUCCCUCCCUCCUGUUUCAUCAGAAAACAUUUACAGCAGGAUGAUGUUCUCGUACACCUUUGUGCCUUGUGUGAACUCUUGCUCAAGUGAUGUAUUGUGGCUUUUCUGGGCGAAAAGAAACAACAAAUGAUUGAAAGUUUUAAAAUAAAAUGGAUUACAAUCCA